AUGACUGUAUCCGAAGACGAAGACAAGCCAGAUAAAAUUAUCUAUAUGAAUGUCUGGGAGACGAUAAGGGUCGAUCUCGCCAUGCAUCGACGAGGAGCUAAACAGGCUCAAUUUAAAUAUGUUUAUGAUGAGAAAAUGGUAGACAUCCGAAACGAUGUGGACGACAUUGACGGAGAUCUAGACGAAGAUGCAAACAUUGGCCUCCAUGUUCUUGGAAAAAUUCCCGGAAAAUUAAUGAUUCAAGUAUUCGCCCACCAUCCGACUCUAUGUAAGACAGACGAAUGGAUAGAAGUUUCAAAGCUUUCAAUCUUCAUCAAAAAAGACUUGUUGAAUGAACUGCUUCAUCAAAUGGGCCUUUUGCCAUGUGAUGAUUUCGAUGCAGUAACCAUCACUGAAAUAGCAAAAAUGGCCUUUGAUCUGAGUGCGACGAUUGCGCCUGAAGAAGUUUUCAAGUGGAACAAGUUUUUCAAGAAAAUGGAUGCAAAGUAUUCAAGAACGGUCUUGUUUACAAGUAUAAUCAAUGAGAUUGGAAUCGAUUUCCAUGUUAUCAAGGGUCUGACUAAAUACACAAUCAACUAUGGCCAGCAACAAUCUCAGGAGUCAAGCUGGGCACUUGUCAAAAUCGACGAUGGAAGUUGGAGUUUUUAUGAUCCCGAACUAGCGAAUACUCUUCAAUCAAGCUCAAAAGUACCUGAUUUUAGAAAUCUAUUGAUAAAUACCGAGACUCAUAUUCUUCAAUUUACUCACUUUUCUGUCGACAAACAUUGGAAGAAGUACAUAAGCAGUAAAGGAGGAGAAAAUCUUCAGGAAGAAGCAUUCUCUCGGCAGCUAGCACUCUCCGCUCACUCAUUUUCUCACGCUGUUGUGCCCAAAAGCCACCCCGAAAGAGAGAUAAACGUCGAUGUUUUGGAGGGAGACAAAAUAUUAAUAGAGCUGGAGAAUCCGAAGAAACUCAAAAUAUGCCCGGCUCUUACAUCACCACCAGGAUCUGGUGGAAAUAAGUCAAAACCUGGGCUGUCGAUACAAGGAAACACUGUGCGGUUGGAUUUCUUUACUUCGACAAUGUGUGAUUUAAAAAUUUCAGCGGGGCCGAAAAAUGAUGAGAUUUUCAGAUACAAAAUAACUGCUCAAUUCAAAAGAAGAAAUUCACAAAUUCAUGCUGUUGAGCUUCUUGAAGCUCAAAAAAAGGCAAAAAUGGUUGAAGAGCAAGAAAAAAUGAUCGACGAUAUUGUCGAAAAGAAGGACCAGAAAGAGAUUCCAAAAGUAGACGUCCCCGAAAAAGAAGAAAAGAUUGAAGAGCCAGUAGAAAAUAAACCUAAAGAAAAAUCGAAGGAGAAACCGAAGCAAGCGUCAAAAGAAAAAGAAAAAGAGCCAAAAGUUGAGGAAAAGAAAGAAGUUGUAAAACCAGAAGACGUAAAAAUUGAUGCAAAAUCUUUCGUCAUCGCUCCUAACUCCACAAAAGAUGACAUUUUGAAGACUAUCUUCGACUAUUUUAUGCACCACGACUUGUCAGAAGUUUGCCAGAAAAUCGGCUGCCCAGAAAUAAACGAUCCCGACGCGGAUGCGAUUUUAUUCAAACGAGUGUGUUUGGUUCAGUGUAAAGUUGUGCGAGGCGUUUGCAAAUACCACGAAAAGUACUUUCCAGGUUAUGACUUCACCACCGAUUUCAAAAACGGAGGAAAUUCGUCCUGGAACAUCGCGACAAUCAACGAAGCCGACCACUUGGUCGAUAUCGUAACAAGUCGACGAAUAAAAAAGACGCUGAAAACAAAGCCAUUCUUCAAAUCAGUUCCCUGGCAAUUCUACGAGUCCCACUUUCCUAAAAGACGCGCAGAGUCGCUUUUACAAGAAGAUGAUCAGUUCUCGCUCGAUGAAUGGGCAGCAAAACCAGCUAGAUCUCCUCUUUUCAGAGAGCUUGAUCUUUACGAAAAAGGGCGAUCAAUUCCAGCUUCAUUUUCACUGGCUGUCGAUCAUCAAAAAGUCAUAAGAUUCACUUUCCCUCACGCAAUGUAUGAACAAGUUCAAUUCAAAUGCAAGCUCUCACAAUUCCAUUUAUCCGACAGUGGCUAUCCUCAAAUAACUGACUGCCCGAUAGAUAAAGGAAAAGUCUUGGUUGCAAUGAGCAUUGCUAGUAAACGUAAGCAAUUUCACUAA